AUGAAUAGUCGGCCUUGGAAUCACUUUGCGCUCACCUUUCGGUGGUUGCUGCCGGAGGAGGAAUUGCCGUUUCCGUCAGAAGUUCCUCCGCCCAAUCAUGUGCUCAAAAAGUAUGGGUUGAUAGAGAAGUCGUGCACAGAAAUAUUACCGGCAAAAGAUGCCUACGUUGAAAAAGGAGAGUGUCGUCUUUGUGGUGACAAUAUUGAAAAGCUCACGCAACUAGUUCGAUGCCUUUCUUGCGCUGCACAUUUUCACGCUAAAUGUUUAGCCGUGAAGAGCUUGAAUAACGAGCGACGGCUAUAUCCUGUGCAAGGGAAUUGUCCUAGUUGCUGUCGAAGCUAUCUCUGGGGUGACAUUAUUAGAGACCAGCGGAUGAUCAUACGUGUGAGCGAGGCUCAGACCGACACUUCGUUGAAGAAUUUGGUUCCCCGAUUGGUAAAAGACUGA